GAUCGAUUUAAACGAAAUCAAAAUUCCAUCACGUCUAUCUGUGUACCACAUACUCAUCCACCACCUGGACAAUGUGGCUCAGGGCUAUCACAAUCCUCGUUUUAAUUGCUUCCACGACCUCGAAGAAAUUGGUGGAUCUGUCCGAGCGUGGUUUGCAGAAAGAAGACUUUUUCGUGAAGAUUCAGUCACAGAUUAAUCUGCAAGAAGUUACCGAUCUCAUCCUAAGGAAGAACAAAUUUGACAGUUUUCUUGACUGUUCUACUAACCUUGAGAAUUUGGAAAUAUUGGAUCUGUCGCAGAAUCAUCUUCAAAGAUUUUUCUUCCUUUGCAAAGACGAGUAUAAUUUACGAGUAUUAAACGUCAGCCAUAACAAACUUGAAUACAUCGACAACAAUGCCUUCAACGAUCGAAUCCCGAAGCUCAAGAUACUCGAUCUCUCGUCGAACAAACUAUCUGUCGUUAACGAAACUAUGUUGGAGCAUUUCAAAAUUUUGGAAUAUCUUACGUUAGCCAACAAUCCGAUCAACGAUGGAAUCCAUGAAAACGCCUUCUGGAACUUAAAGGCGCUGCGAUAUUUGAAUUUGAGCAACGUAUCGUCGUCGUAUUUCUCCUCGGAGUUUUUCAAAACGCUAACUAACUUAUCUACCCUAGAUUUAUCGAUGAAUCCCAUCAGUAGGGUUCCGUCGCUACCAGUCAAUCUAGAAGAACUCGACUUGUCCAACACUCAUAUAUCACGAUUACGAGACGUUUAUUUGCCUCGGUUACGAGAACUGAAACUGAAUAAUAUGCAAAAUCUGAGAGAAUUAUUACUUAAUGAUUUCGAAAACUUGACCAGUUUAGAAAUACUGUCUUUAGAUGGUUCGAGAACAUUAAUGUCCUUAAGAAUGAUCCCAUAUAACGAUCAUCUUCUACCACGACUGCAACGGCUCUCGGUAAGCAACUGCGGACUGAGAACCUUGGAUUACAACCUCAUGUCGAUAAUAAAGAGAACACCGAUUUUGAGCUUCGAAAACAAUCCUUGGCAUUGCGACUGUAAAAUGCAGUGGCUAAAUAUGUUAAACGCUACGAAGGCUCUUAGUCGACAAAUUAGGUGCAGAACUCCCGAACAACACUCCAAUAGACAGCUAAGCGAGAUACCAAGUCACGAGCUGGAAUGCGAGGACGAUGCAACGAUGCUACAUCCAGUGUUGUGGGCCUGCAUUUUUAUAUUGGUCGUGGCAAUUGUCUUGGCUACGGGCUUUUUCCUGUUGAGACGACCGCUCGGUCACUGGGACAUCAGGCGAAAGAACCGGGACACGGUCACCUACACGAACGUCGACGAGUCCUCGAACGAUUUGGUGAGAAUCCUGGCGGCCAACGAAACGGUCGAACGAAACGACGAGUGAAUGGACACGGAAGAACGAUAUACUAGAAAUGUAUUAACUUAGGAUAAGCGAUACAGUUUCUCGACAAGAGAACACUACGAUAGCUAGGAACUAGGUCUGGUUCCGCAGCCACGAAUCUAACCGAGUUCCGUACAAAAUAACGUAUAGGAUGUUUCAAGUCAUUUUAGUGGCGCCAGGAAUAAUAAAGUUUGAAAGUAAGGAGAAGUGGUAAUUUCUUAGGCAAAAACAAAUAAAAGGCAUGGAAUAAAAUACAAUUUCUGCAACAAAAGAUUCUCAAAGAAAUCAAUCUUCAAUAUGUAAUUAAGUACUGUACGUUGCUGGCUAAUUGGCCAAUAAGACCCGCAUUUCUUCGCAAUGCCAAUCAACCAACAACGUGCAUGUAGUUAAUUGUAAGAUACGGUUAUUGUUUUUUGUGAAAUCUGGCUACGUAAUUUUUACGAGUUAUUGGAUCCGAAAAGGCAGAAAGAGAAAUUUGAUUAAUUACUAUCUGAGCCAUGUAAAUGUACGUACGUAUGCAGCCAAAAGUUUACAUAAAACAAACGUUAUCCUGCACUCUUAAUUUAUCUUUGUACAAAGAACCAAUCGUCUGUCUACUCGUACAAUACGUUCAUGUUGAAAAUUAUAUACAAAGUUCGUAUCUAAAACCUAGCAUAAGAAGCUUAAGUUGCAGAAGUUAAUCUAAUCCACGGGAAUAUAUCAAUUUGAAGGCGUCGAAGUAUAAAUCGCACGUAUCGUUGAUGUUUUGAACAUUUUCUACAGAUAUCGAUAUCUUGGCGAGGAAGUUCGCGAACUUUCAUUGAUUAACGCUUGUUUCUCGUUGCCCGAUAAAAUUUCAUCGAUCAUUGAGUGUCGCCAAUGUUGAAACAUCCUCUACAGCUAAUUUUCUAUGCCUUUCUAUAUACAACGUGAAACAGGAAACGACGAGGAAUUAACGAUGUCUUCAUAUAUAAAUAGAUUUAACGAGUAACAUUGUACAGCGGGUGAGCAUCAAUAGGCUUUGUAUCGAAUCGCCACGAGUCGAAACGCGGAAAAACGAGCCGUAAAUACAGGAGGCAACGUACAGCCCGAUUCUGGCGCAUCCCUUGAACCUCGAAACACCGUAGCAACGUCGAGUGCACGGGCAUCGCCUGGAGUGGCACAGCAAACAAUGUGGGACUUCUUUGUGAAUCGAAUAAAACAUCUUUUUGUCGGCA